GGGGUGUAGAGGGACAUUUUGGUGGAGGUCCAGCCAACCCCAACCUUGGACCCUCUGUUAUAAACAUUCAGCAAAGUCUGCCUGGCCCUGGGUGUCUCACCCUGGCUGGAGCCAACCUGCGGAGUUCAGAUCUAACCAAGGUUGCAGCUGGAGGCCUGUCUGCUGAGCUCGCCUGGGUAGCAUCUUGGCCUGAAUAGCAAUACUCCGGUGACCCUGGUGUACAAUGGAUGCCAGGAUGUGGUCCUUCCUGGUGGGCCUCUUCUCUGUCUUCAACACCGUCCAGUUCUUCAUCUUUGACCUGAACCAGAUGACGUACAUCGGCUACCAAGACAAGUACAACAUCUACAAGACCACCGACUCCCAGCUGGGCUCUUGGGUCAUGAGAAACAGGCAGGUCAUCAACACGGUCCUGUCCCUGGUCACCCUGGGCAUCAGCUGCUUCCUCCUCUACUGCCUCCACCACAACACCUACACCGGGCUGCCCAUCUACGCCGUGUGGAUCGUCGUCUACGAGUGCAUCCACCUCUCCAUCGCCCUGUUCAUCCACCGGAUCAUCAAAAAACAGUUCAGGGAGCUGAGCCACUUGUACUUGAUCUUUCAAAUCUCGAGAAUGUUCCUGCACUUCUUGGGUCUGCCCUGCCUUGCCAAGCACGGCUAUUCUAUCUACAAGGACUCCUCCAUCUCGAGCAAGUUAAGCCGCCGCAGGCGCUCCUCAGUCAGCACCAUGGACUCGUGGUCCCCGGUGGGACCGGGAAUGCUGUACCGCAAGUUAAACUAAGCCAUGCCAGGAGCAUGCGUUCCCAAGAUGCUGCUUGCUCUUUCAGAGUUUGGGGGGUUUAUGCAUUGAGGAAGGAGAGUUCCUGGGGGAGGGAAGGUUGCAUGGGCCAAUUGCUGGGCCUGUGAGGAAGGGCCACUUGUUUUAGCAGGAGUGAUGUAUCACCUUCCAGCUGACGUCACCAUGGCAUCGGUGUGUGUUUCUGUCUCCCAGUCCCCUCUGCACUCUUAGUUUCUAAUUUCUCUGUUAUGGAUUGUCCAACGGAUACAUGGUUCUCCUGAGCCCUUUUGAAGCAGUGCUGGCCAAUAGAUCUUUCUGGGCUGGUGGAAGUGCUCUCUAUCUGUACUGUCCACCAGCCACAGAUGGCUAUUGAGCACUUAAGGUGUGGCUCUUAUCACCCGGCAAUAAAUUUUUAAAUUUUUAUUCCAUUUUAA